UGCAAGACGAGAAGAAGUUGCAAAACUAGAAACGGCCUUCUAAAAUGGCAGCUUCUUCAUAUCUCUUUUUCCAAAUUACGCUCAUUGCUAUAUUCAUCCUCUCUUCUUCAAUAUUUGCUUCUAGUGUUAAUCCAACUAGUUCUAUUCCACGUACCUUCAAGAAGAUCUAUGCUUUUGGUGAUUCAUUCACGGAUACUGGAAACACCAGGUCUGUGUCAGGUCCCAGCGGUUUUGGCCAUGUCUCUAGCUUUCCAUAUGGCAGCACCUUCUUUCACCAUUCCACGAACCGUUACUCCGAUGGGCGGCUCAUGAUUGAUUUUGCAGCUGAAAUGUUAUCCUUACCGUAUUUGCCACCAUAUCGUCACCUCAAAGGCAAUGCAACUCAUGGGGUGAAUUUUGCUGUGGCUGGCUCUACACUAAUAAAUCACGCAUUCUUUGUUAAGAACAAUCUCACCCUGGAUAUUACUCCCGAGUCUAUCCAAACUCAGAUGAUUUGGUUCAAUGAGUUCUUAGAAAAGCAGGGAUGCAAAGGGCCAGUUUCGUCUGGCCCUGAGUGCAGAGCAGCAUUAGAAGAUGCGUUGAUCUGGGUUGGUGAAAUUGGAGUUAACGACUAUGCUUAUAUAACUGGAUCGUCAGUACCUGGAGACACCAUCAGGGAACUGGCAAUCAGUAGCGUGACUAACUUUCUACAGGCAUUGUUGAGCAAAGGUGUGAAAAACGUUGUUGUCCAAGGUCUGCCUCCCACAGGAUGCUUGACACUGGCUAUGACGCUAGCUCCUGAAGAUGACAGAGACGAUAUGGGGUGUGUGAAGAGUGUAAACGAUCAAAGCAGUACCCACAAUGCCGUUUACUUAGCUCAAUUACAAGAUCUCAGGAGGAAAUUUUCCAAUACUACAAUUGCGUAUCUUGAUUUCUGGAACGCCUACCGCACGGUUAUAAAGAAUCCAAAGGCUUAUGGGUUCAUGGAGACCUUUAAGGCUUGCUGUGGAUCAGGAGAUCCCCCUUACAACUUCAAUGGGUUUGCUACAUGUGGCACAGCCUCUGCUAGUGUUUGUCGGAAUCCUGCUCAGUACAUAAACUGGGAUGGAGUUCACCUCACAGAAGCUAUGUAUAAGGUGCUUAGUGGCAUGUUUCUCAAUGGAACUUACAGUCAACCUCCGUUUGAGUCCUUGUUGGGCAGGAAACAAAGUGAAGGAUGAAUCUUUUGCUGUUGGAUCAUCUUUGAAUUAUAUAAUAUUAAUGUUGCAUGUCAUUUGUCAGUGAGAUGAUCUAUGUGAUAAUGUAUGAUAUAAUCUGUGUAAAAUCAUUGCUAGAAUCUUUUGGAGUUCCUCUUCUCUAGUUUAAGACA